AUUGGAAAGUAGUGUAGUCAACAUGUUUCGAGUGAGUGCGGUUCUGUUGACGUUCGGAUUGGGAUGUUUGAGUUGGGGCAGCACUUUUGCCGGAUACGCUGAAUCCGAGAACGGAAUGCAAGGUUUGCUCGAAGUGGAGGAAAUUUUAGUAAAACAAUUUGAAUUGUAUUUGGACAAAGCGGAGCAGGAGCGAGACAGUAUUAUGAGAUUUUUGGACUAUGUGAAUCACUUGCAUAAGGAUAUGGACGAGCCAGAGGAUUACUUUGGUAAUCCACUCAAUGCCUACACGAUCAUUAGCCGCUUCGCAAACAACUGGCAACAUGAGAUCUUUGAUGUAGUGUUGGCCCACGAAAGCUUUACGGAGUUCAAACAACGUUUAGCCAACGAGCUGGGUAAGCACGAGCUUGAGGAGCCGACAAGUGAGGAUCUCCUAAGCGCCACACGUGAUCUAUUGGAUAUGCAGGAGAUCGACGGCCGGGCCACGUCGGAGCUGGCAAAUGACGUCAUCUUCGCAGAUGAAGAUCGAGGCGAGAAUGUGACACUUAGCGCCAGCGAUUGCUACGUCAUCGGACGCCAUCUCUGUCAGGAGCAUCAAUACGACGAUGCCACCGAGUGGCUACUGCAGGCGCGACAUCACGCCUCCCACGAUGCGUCAACAUUUCCCAAUGUCAGCCAGCUGCAGAUUCUGGAACACUUGGCCCCGGCACUCCAGGAGCUGGGCAACAACAAGCUGGCGAACAAGCUAAACAAUGAUAUUCUAAAGUCUAAUCCCACUCAUGAGGCAGCUCUCAAGAAUAAAAUUGCGCUACAGAAGAAACUGGCGCUCGAGCGGAUCCAUAUCGCAAACCUGAAAGUAGAUCUAUAAAUGAUGGAAGAGCAACAAUUUAUGGUAAUAAGUUGCAGUAAUAAAUCUUAUAUGUGACACGUUAAAAAUAUUGUUGCACAUGAUUUUAA